CAAGGUACGCGACGAUCGACACGAUGAUUGCUUAGUUUGCAAAUCAAAUGCAUAAACCACACCCCAUAAACGGCAGCACAAACAGAAAAUGACUAGCGCUUCGCACCUCGACAGAAAACAACUGCAGCAGCCGUGCGCAAAUAUGAAGAAGCACCAACACGAGGACGGGAACUCUGACAGCGAUGCAGAGCUGGAAUCUUCUGCUCCAUCUACGACGAAUGUCCAUCCUUCUUCUUCUUCUUCCAACUUCCUCCUUCCCUCGUCUUCUCAGCGGAGAUCCAUCUCCAUGGGAGACUUUCGGAGAGUCCCUGCAGGACAGACGUGCUCCGAGCCGCCCUCUGCAGCUGCCACGGCGCCCUCGUCCAAGCUGGUCACCCCCAGCUCAAGUAUGGAGUUCGAGGCAGCUCGUCGGCGCCUCCUGGAGGUGGAAGAGCGCCAGCGCGUCAUCAGGGAGAUGGAGAGGCGACUGGAGGAGCUCAGGGAGGUGUUUGUGCGCUCCGAGCAGGAGGCGGUGGAACACGGGGAGCUAGUGGCCCGCAUCACCGCUGCCGCCCAGCAGGGAGAACUAUAUGUGGCGGAGAACGGACAGCGGCUGAAAAAGGGAUUGCGGUUCAAACGGCACAGGCCCACCAUUGUCUUCUCCUCCAUGCUGGGAUUGAGAACGUGCCUCCCUUGGCCUGUCAAACUCAAAUAACGAAACAUCCGCUGCAAGACAGCAUCGUCGGCUUCUAAUUUUGUACUCGCUAUUAGUCAGGAAAUGCUGAAACCUUUGUUAUGUUUGCAUAUAUUGUUAACUGAGAUCUUAGAUGGUGCUUCAUUUGAGCCAACUGAAGUAGCGCAGGCCUCGUAUUUGCUGCUUGAACAACCCACUGGGCAUUUUCUGUAAUGUGUGAGAACUUUGUUGAUGGUUGGAGCUCUGCACAUGUGUCACACUUUCAUGAACCUGAGGUUUUGCUUGGUGUGCGUGUAAACGUGUGAAUGUCAGGAGACUAUUCUUCCAGUCAGUCAGGUUUCCUGUGACUGGUCGAAAACGAAAAGCAUUGUUCUUUAUUGCAGGAAGGUGUGCAGAAACGGAGGGUUUAGGCCUUUCAUGCCAAGAACGUUAACUAUAACAAACUACAUUAGUGUCCACGCCAGUGUACAAUAACAUUCCGGUUGUUAUAAGCAUGCAUUACAGUUGUCUGCCAUUGUGAAUGCUCAACUCUAUAAUGUCAGGUGGAUUCUGAUUGGCUAUCAAAGAUUUGAUCAUUCAUCAGCUAGAAUGUGAUUCCAGUAAUAUUGUUCCUAUGUGACGGUAUCGUUACAUUUGUAGUAUGGACCAUUCUGAUCAAAUUAGAGUUUUAUAGUUAGAGUUCUCGCUAUAGUUAUCCUUGGUGUGAAUGACAGAUGGAUUGUAUGAUUUGUGCACAUAUACUGGGGACAGGUGCACACAUGCGCUCUGGUCCUCUUGAGUUCUCCAGUUUACGUCUGGGGUGCCAAGUGAGCAUGUGUGGAUGGAAAAGAGAAGUGGCGAUUUAUCUCUCUCUCUGAUCCAAAACUACAGCUCGUGAAUGACAGGCAGAGGACAUUUUGAGAUUCUUACUGUAUGAUUUCAUUCACUGAAGACCUCUAGUUAGUUUGUGUGCACUACUAAUAUUGCCUUUAAAUAUGCAGUUGAUAUAUGUAAGCGUAUGACUGUGUCCGAAAUGUAAGUCCCGGUCAGUCAAUGACCUCACAGGCAGAAUGAAGGCUUUCAAACCAGCUUUUAAAGCUUUACUGUCAUGUGGAAUGACCUAGAACUAAUUCUUGUGAGAGAUGACCAGACAAAUAUUUAAUGACUACAAAUGCCUGAUUCUCUCCAGAAUUAAUAUGUUAUGAAUGUACAGUCAUAAAUUAUCAGCUGCUCCAUCAGAUACCAUUUUCAGUCUUUCCAGCACUCGAUGAACCACACACAAAUAAUGGAAAAAUCACAGGAUGUUAUGCUAACAUCUGACGUCGUCCUACCUCCGUAUUUUUUCAGGUUUCAGGCACAGCCAAUAACACUCAUUUGAUACUGAAUGGAAAUGGGCUAUGAAGUGUAUCACAUGCAGGUUGAUUAUUCAGUGCAAACUGCUCUCAUGGAAACUUUCUGUCUCUGUGUUUUCGCUCUCUCUCUUUGAGCAAAUGGCUCUAGCUCAGCCUUGUUUGAGAGGAGUGCGUUUGGGGACUUCAGCAAAACACAGGAGACUGCUAUUCUUGGCUUGAACCGGUUAAGUCCAGAUGAUUCUGGGCUAGGUAGAGCAAGAAAGAUGGUGUGAUGCUGGCUAUUUCUGCUGUACUGCAGGGUAAGUCAGCAGGACAGUGCAUCACUACUGAGAAUGUAGCCUGCACCUGGCAUCUUUCCUCAUUGUGUAAGCAGACAGUUGCUCUACUCGCUGCAUCAUAUUGAGAAAAAAAAAACAUUAUUAUUGCAUCAUACUUUUAAACUACUACUACUAUUACAACUACUACUAAUGAUUAUUAUUAAUACAAAUAAUAAUAUUAAUAAUUACAUUUAAUGAGUACAAGUUAUUAUAGCAGUAGUCCAAACAUUUAGCAUUAACUUUGCUCUGUAUUAUCAGAUUAUGUUCUACCAAAAUUUGAAAGUUUUUAAUAAGAUUUUAAACAUCUAUUUACUCUUAUGUAACAUUAAUUAUUCAAUUGAAACGCUAUUAUUACAAUCAUUGCCUACACAUAGAAUGUCUUUUGAAAGGGUUCCUAUAUAAAUAUUACUGCACGCGUGAUGCUUUUUGUUUUUGCAGCUCUGUGUGUCGACAUUAGAUUUGCAUCAUUUGACGGGGCAGGUUGCCUGAAGACCACAGUCUUUAUUCAUUUCGAUUGAUCAGGCAUAAAGCAAACACAAUAGAAGUGACUGAAUCUCAGUUAAAGGGCUACCUUCAUUUCUUUAAUGAAAUAAGUUUUCGGUUUCCUUUAAUGGUUGUGCCGAUCUCCCUCAUUUUAGGAGGGAUUUGAUUUAGGCAGAUUUAGGACAUGCUGCUGUAGAGUGUUCUUGAGCGACAAAUCAACUGCAAACCAAACUAUGUUGUUGAGAUGACAGCCUUGUGUGAAGAUGUAUCAGUUUUGGAAUAAAAUAAUUAAUCCUCUAAAAACAUUUUCCACAGUAACCACAGUUUCUGCUCAAAUAUCUUGAUUUGUAAAAUUAAAAUGUUACAACUGUAAAACCACAACAAGAGUGUAGUAAGGUUUCAAAAGAUGAUAUUUAUUACACGGAUCUCUGGAGUGAUUCUGAUUGGUCAGCUGUGGUAUUCAGUACUCUGAUAUAUGAUAAUAUAGAGUUCCCACCCACUUUUUCAGCCACAAUCCAAACCUACUGUACACUAUGAGGUGUAUCACAAAAUUACAAACUUUGAAGCAAAAAAGUAAAAAUUGGACAAAAAGAAAAAAGUACAAAACUGUGUACUUAACGGUUUUAACUACAGUCCCGUAAAGUAUUGUGAAUGACAAUACAAUUACAAAUUAUGUGGAUAUAUAAAUGAUAGAUUUAAAGAUGUUGAUUUUAUAUAGAAUUUAUUUGCUGUUUAUUGCGAAUAAUGCAUAUUAGGCUAUAUUCAGAUUUAAGAACAUAGGGAAACUAGAUUUAUUUGCAGUGCUUCAUGGGAAUGGCCAGGUGCUGAAGUGUUCUCUUGGCAUGAAUUGCUUCUUGCAGUUAUGUGAUUGGUAAAGAUUUAUUUGCAGAAUCUUUGGUAAUGUAGUUUUUCACCAGAAAUCUCACUGGCAUUUUCAACAAAAGCAUAAACCAUCAAUGAACAACUUUGUAGCUCACAGUAGUUUUACAAUUUAUCUUUCAAAAUGACUCCCCUGCAGAGAAAAGCAAUGGGGUUUUUACUUCUGGAACCUGACUGCUGCACAUCAAGGCCAUGGAUUAUCAGGUAGCAUGCUACAUUUUUAAAGAGAAUCUUGGUUGUAGAAAUCCAGCGAUGCUACCCUGUUGAACGGUUUCUCGUUGGUAUUCGUGAUUUGUAGGCUACAUUUUCUCAGAAGCUAGAGUUAAAUAUUCAUUGAAUGCCUUAUCUCCUUUACUGUACAUAUGUAAUACAUUCACGCUGUGAGGUUUAAAGACACCUCGGCUGGAGACUCCCUCAAACUGAUUUUUGCACUGCACCUUUUAUGAGUUUUGCUAUGACAACUACUUAAAAAAAAAAAAAAAAAAAAAAAAACUUUCCCAAAGAUAUCCCUGGGCCCACUUGCAGGGUGAAUGUAAGGUCUGUUCAUGUGAACCAUUAUGAUGCCAUAUCCUAAAGGUUUCAUCGUGUAACACUAAUAUUUGUAAACCGUUUUGUUGAAUAUUCUGCUUUUGUUGUCACAUUAUGUAGUUUAGCCGAUUCAUUUUCUUUUCUCAACUGUAAAAUAACUUCUGCAAGCUAAUGCAAUCUUGAUGCUCAACAACUAUUUACACCAGCUUUUAUUGUUAGUGACAAUAUAAGAGAAUCUUUUUGGAUAAAAUACAUUGAAUGGGGUUCACAAACUCUUUAAACAUAACUUUUGCCUUUGUGUCUGUUUCUGUUUGAACACUGUUGAAAUUGAAUAAGAAUGUAUUCUAUUGAAUUGA